AUGAAUGUAAUUUGUAUGGGAUCAAGUGGGUUUGUUGGAAAAGAAGUUUUAAAACAAUUAAUUAAAAAUGAAAAUAUAAAUAAAAUAACAUGUAUUGUUAGAAAACCAUUAACAGAUAUUGAAGAUAAUGUAAAAACUAAUUUUAUAAUUCAUAAUGAUUUUUUAAAUUAUUCAGAAGAAUUUUUAAAAGAAUUAGUUCAAUCUCAUCAAGCAUGUAUUUGGACAAUUGGUGGUAGAAGAAGUCAAUUUCCAACAAAAGAAGAAUACGAAAAAGUUUCAAUUGACUAUACAAUUACAUUUGCAAAUGGUAUUGUAAAUGCACUAAAAUCAAAAACUCAACCACCAACUCCAUUCACAUUCAUUUAUUGUAGUGGUAUGGGUGCAAAUGAAAAAGCAAAUGAAUCAAUUAUAAAUAGAAUUGAAAUUGAAACUAGGGUUGUUAAAGGUAAAGUUGAAAGAUCAUUAACAGAAAUUCAAAAUUCAAAUUCAAAUAUUUUUAAUCUUUUAAUAUUCAGACCAGGUGGUAUUACUGAAAAUCAAAAUAAUUUUAUUCAAUGGUUAUUAUCAUCUUUCACUGUUGAUUUAUCACAUUUAUCAAAUGUAAUAAUUAAUAAAUUAAUUAAUUCAAAUCAAAAUACAACAUCAACAACAACAACAACCACAACAACAACAAUAUUUUUUAAUAAAGAUAUUUAUAAUUAUAAAUAA